UCAGCAUUGGCCGAGAGGUUCACACAGAUUCUCGAGGAGAAAAUGGCAUCUGGAGGUAUGGAUUCGUCACUAGUGAAUUCUGACCCUACGCUUCUGCGAAUUUUUCAAAAUUAUGACAAAGGCACUGGAGCUCCCAAUGAUUCUGACCAGAGGAUUAAAGAAGCAAUGUCGUAUAUUAAGAGCGAGCCUCUCUUAACACACAAUAAACAUGCCAAAGAUAUUUCGACUGCUGUUCCUUGGAAAGGGACCGAGUCUAACGAAGAUGCUAAUUUACGUAUGAUAGUAGAUCUGAAGCCCAAGGCUAUCAGAGUAGGAUCUGCCCAUAUCAAUUCCAAUAAGAUCUUCACUCCGCCUCCUACUUUGAAACAGAAGGUGGAAGGAGCCAAAAGUUCAAGUUUAGAGUAUUUGUUGAAUAAAGAGAAACAAGGGAAUGAACCUGACGAAGAAGAAGACAAUUUCAGAGACUUGUACAAGGAACGGCUUUUAGGUCCUUCUAUGUUGAUCAACUCUGCGUCGCCUAGUAUUGAUCUUGUAGGAAGUAUGGCCAGUAACCGUAUCAAUGCUUCGAUCAACCAACAAACAGGGCUAUUCGAUAGCCCAGAAAUGAAGCACGUAAGAGGCAAACCGUUGAACAGUGAACAUUUGAAGAAUUGUACAGACUCCAACUACUUCAUGAACCAGGUUCUAAAUAUUAACGACGUUUUGCCUCCAUGGAUAGAUUCACAGCAGUCUAUAAAUAGUAAUUGCAUUCGACUCAGGGCAGAGUUGGAUCAGAUUUGCCUUCGAUCUUCUGAUAUGGAAUACCUCGAAGAAAGAAUGAAAUUACUUAACAGCACUAUACGGACAUACAAUUUACAGUGCCCCUCUUCGAAUUUGCACAAGUUCAAGUUGGUUCCUGUUAACGAAAUCAGAGCCUCCUACGACAGGGUUGUGGACAAGUUCCCAACUUUGGUUGCUGCUUGGUAUGACCAAAAUCGCACAAAGAAAAACGUACAAUCCUUUGAAAGAAAUACCGGUGGCUUUCUCAACUUGUUUGGUGAAGAAACGAGCCAAGGAACCGGAAGUAACAGUGGAACAGAUUCAACAAUAACAGAAACCCAGGAUGGUAAAUUGCAUAUCUGGAAGGCUAUCAAGGACGUCUUCAAGUAA